AUGUCUAUCAACUUGUUCCUUAUCACUCUUAUCAUCGCUUCCUCUUCACUCAUCCAACUCGUUCUCUCACUUCCUCUCAUCGGAAUUCGAGAUGACCUCUCUUCUGAAUUCAUCGGAGUAGGUCUUCGUGAUGACGUGGCGCUUCCGAUUCACAAGCGACGCGUCGAGAAAUCCACAGAGAAUCCCUUCUGCAUCGCUCACCGCCAGACCUACGACGAGUACUGCACCAACUUCUGGGCUGAUCGUCCACAACGUCUUCAGAAUGCGCUGUUCACUUUCUGCCCGGGAUACGAAAACAAGUGUCUUCAUUGA